AUGAUUAGAUUAUUGUUUUCUUUAGCGACAAAGACGUUUUUAAUGUAAAAUUAAAUGAUAAAUAGACAUUUGUUAUAAUAUAAACUAAAUUUCAGGUUUUCUGUUAGGCAUAUUAUUUCAAAAAUAAAUAUGAUACAAAUAUAAUUAUUCUAUGUGAUAAAUACAACUAUACUUUUUUUUGCUUACCAUUUGACAAAGCGAAUUUGA